AUGCAAUCGUCUCAGGACACAGUCCCCGACUCGGACGAGCUCGUACGAUUCAGGGAAGCAUGGAAAGCUGAAGUGCGCAAGAAGAAGACCGAGGACGCUACUGCCAGCCGCCUCACACCACUGACUGCAGAGCCGCAGGCUGACUCCGCUACGUCCUCUGGUCCUGCGACGGUCUCUAAUGUCAGUGCUCCCAAUCAUGCCCAGUCUCCACGGACACACACGGUCCCGCUGCGUCCCGUCACGCGCCCUCCAGACCGAGCCGAGCUCGUCCAGAGGAACGAGACGUCCAUUCCGUACGGGAAGGUGCUCGGUCGUGCGGUCGAGUUGUACAGGCGUGCAGUGCAGUGCGAGCAGCAGAGCAAGCUUGAUGAUGCCCUUCAACUUUACCGCGUCGCAUUCCGCAUGGACUCGAACGUCGAUAGGGCAUACCACAAGCUUGAGACCCAGCAGGACGUGUCCGGAUCCGCUGCGACAUCGGCGUCCUUCAGCCACCGCAAGAGUCCAUCUGCGUCCGCAGGCCCCGUUGUGGAUGAGAUAGCUCAAGCUAUCAAGGCGCUGGAUGUUCACUCCCGUCUGGCGCCAGUCUCGCAGAUUGGGAAUGCCAUCGUGACCGGGACCCUAGCAAGUAUUAUUGCGGGCUGGCCUCCCGACUUGACGUUUGCGCCAGAGGACGAGAAGGAAGGCGUACUUCUGCAGAAGUUGCCCGACGAACUGCUUGUCCACAUCUUGCGAGGCCUAGAUACCGCAACUCUGGAGCGUUUCGCCACGGUCAAUCGCAAGGCUCGUGUGGUCACAUUGGACACGGAACUAUGGAAGAACUUCGUACGCGCCAUAUACAAGCCCCCACAGAUACCCGACGAUGAAGACAUGGACGCUUUGCUGCAUCAUUAUACGGCAGACUUUCGUCGACUCUAUAUCGAGCAGCCUCGAGUACGAUUUGAUGGUGUAUAUAUUGCAGUGUGUCAUUACAUCCGACCUGGCCUGAGUGAGACUGCUUGGAUGAAUGUUAGCCACCUUGUUACUUACCAUCGGUACCUACGAUUUUACCCCAACGGCCAAGUGUUAUCACUUCUUGCCAAUGAGGAGAUGGCACCGCAGCAAGUUAUACCCGUACUGAAACCGACGAUGCGCAUGAAGGCACGUUUAAUUCGUCCUCUUAAUCUUCUGAGCUGGCUCAAACAGCGAACAUUAGGGUCUCUUCAUCGGAACUUGGCAUCUUUUGGGAACGACGAUGAACUUGGAGUUGCGCUCGCGUCCUCUGGGCAGGUGGAACCGCCUGGAUUUUAG